GAGGGAUUCACAACUUGAUAAUUCUUCUAUAAAGCAAGAUAUACCAUUUUCUAGAUAAAAAUUGUAUUAUAAUCCUAUAUAAAUAUUUUAUACAGAGUUCUGAAUUAAAACUAACCCUAUUAAAUUCAUUUUCUAUGGUUACUUCAUCAAAAUAAAUCCAUUUUUAUAUUUUACGCUUUUUGAGAUUUGUAGAAUAUACCAAAUAUAUUUAAAUUAACUAAGAAGACGAUGGUUUUGAUAGGAAAAUGUGAAGAGAUGUGCUCGGAAGCCGAAAAGAAAUUGAGAUAUAAGGAGGGUUUGUUACAUAUUUUAGAGAUAAAAAAGGGGACUGAGAAAAAUCCUCGUCCCCUACCCGAUCCAAAAAGGGUGGUGAAAUGUUUUAGUAGGUCGGCAGCUGGUCGUGAAUCUAAUGAGAAUGAGCUCCGUACCCCAAACGCUUUACAAAGGACUGUUAAUUAUUUAUUACUUGAUGUAGCUGACAACCAAAUUAUUUCUUGGAAUAACACUUAUGACUUUAUCGUUGAUAGGUUAUUAGCUGUUAGACAAGAUAUUGUUAUCCAAGAUAUUUCUAGGUCUUAUACUAUUAGUUUAUUACAACCAAUUGUUAAGUUUUAUGCUUAUUCAGCUUAUAGACUAUGUGAGUCACCAAUAUCUGAUUUUGACCCAGUUUUAAAUAAAAAAAAUCUUCAGGAAUGCCUCAAAAAACUUCUUUUAAUAUACGACGAUUUUGAUUAUUUACAAUCAAAAAUUGGGGUUUUAAAAGAUUUUUGUUACAAUCAAGAAGAAUUUGAGAUUUUAUUCAGUGAUUGUAGACAAUUUUUUGAGGCUCUUUAUAUUUUAUUUAAUCUAGGGGACACUCAUUGUAUCUAUAGAGGAUUGAAACUUGAAAAGAAGUGGAGAACAAAUCUUGUUCAAAAUUCUAUAAAAAUGUCUUUAUGUUACAAAAAUGGUAAUUGGAUUCGACUUUGUCGAAUGAUGGUUAAACUUCCACCUUUAUUAGCAGGGAUCGCCUCUUUACAUUUACCAGAAAUACGACGGAAAACUUUAGAAAAAAUGUCGAUUGCUUUUUCAAGCAAAAAUCUUUCAUAUCCCAUUGAAACUUUACAAAAAGAACUACUUUAUGGGACCAAAAAUGAGUUAAUAUUCGACUGUGAUCGUUAUGGAAUAAAAUGUUCCCAAAGUGAAAUAAACUUUAUUAAAACGGAUUUUGAUAAAUUCUCAAAAUUAGUUUCUACUAGAAAGGAAAAAUUUGUUAUUGAUAAAUUUAUAGAUGUAAAACCAUCCUUUGUAUUAAAAUCGAAUACUUUUUAAUUUAAGUAAAUGAGAAAAAGAGAUUAAGA